CCCGGAUCGGAAGCGGAAUUGAAAUCGCAUCAAGAGGGCAAAGGUCAUACAUGUGCAAUCGUGUGCUUUCUUUUUAGCAUUGGAGACCGGAUUUCACUUUAUUUUGCCCCAUCAUGCGCCCUUUGACGGAAGAGGAAACUAGGACUUUGUUUGAAAAACUUUCAAAAUAUAUUGGCGAGAACAUCAAGCUUCUAAUUGACAGGCCAGAUGGUAUGUACUGCUUCAGGUACCACAGAGACAGGGUGUUUUAUGUCAGUGAGGAUAUAAUGAAACGUGCUGCAAGCGUUGUCAGGGAUAACCUCAUCAGCCUCGGAACUUGCUUCGGUAAAUUCUCCAAGACCAAGAAGUUUAGGCUUCACAUAACGGCACUGGAUUAUUUAGCACCAUAUGCUAAGUGCAAGGUUUGGGUGAAACCUGGAGCCGAGCAGUCAUUUCUCUAUGGGAACCAUGUUCUGAAGUCGGGUCUUGGAAGGAUAACGGAGAACACGGAGAAGUACCAAGGGGUGGUUAUAUAUUCCAUGAGUGAUGUACCUCUGGGCUUUGGAGUCGCAGCAAAAUCAACUCAGGAAUGCAGACACACCGACCCCAUGUCCAUCAUAGUCUUCCAUCAAGCCGAUAUAGGAGAAUACCUCAGGAACGAGGACACACUUUUAUAGGGGAAACUCCCCUACUCCCUGUCCUGACAAUGUUCUGAACUAAAGAGACUCUUUAUGAAGAGAUUAUGAGGAGGGGAAUUGAAAGGUGGUCUUGAACCAUAUGGACAGGAAAUUGAUCUACUGGUAACUCUGCCCUAGUGGAUCUUUUUGGACCACAGAAAUUUUGUGGGAUCAUAGAAAUCUGUUUGACUCAGGAGAAAUUCCACUUAGAAGAGCAAUAUUACAUGUCUAUUGCAUU